UCUCUCUCUCUUAAUUGCACUUCCAACCCUCUGCAACCGCAAUCCCUCCCCUUGUUUCCUUAUUAAUGUCCAUGAGAGCCCUCCCCUUCCCCAUCCCUUUUCUAUGUGAUUUGUGGGCUGGUUUUAUCCAAAGUUGCACAGUAAAGAGGCUGGGUGUCAGGGUGUGUUUUUGUGGUGUUGGAGCUUCAUUAUGCUUUCAUGAUAUCAAUCAUUUUUAGAUGUGAUAUGCGGUUUUGUGUUGAAUUGGUAACUUCUUUCUUUAUUUUUCUGAUAAACAUGGAUUUGAGUGAAAAAUGGCUUUGUUUGUUUUUUAAUUUAUAAGAUCGGAUAGGUUGACUUUACCAGUUUCACAUUCAUGGCAAGAUCUUGUCGUUGUUCUGAAUUAUAUCUAGGUGUUAGACUUCAUGGUUGUGUGUGAUGAGUGUCACUUGUUUGGAGAUUGGAUUGGGUUUGAUUUGUUUUUUUAGUUUUUCCUGUUUUUAUUGAGAAGGAUUUCCUUAUAACUAUCCUGUAUGAUGUGCUGGUUGAUUGCAGAGGCUCAAAUUUAGGUGUUGUAUGGGAUUUACAUUUCCGAUUGUAGGGUGGCUUUUUGAGACCCUUUUUGGGUGCAGGAAUGUGUAGGAAAUGGGUUUUCUGGAGCUUGGAUUGGGUCAGAUAUAGAAAAUUUUCCAUCUUUUUUGGGAGGAAAGUUCUCAGCCUCUCUCUCUAUUUAUUUUUGGUUUGGGUUGGGAGGUCUUAUUGGAUAAAUGGGCAUGGGGAUUAAUUUUUGUUGUCGCUUUUCUUUUACGUCAUGAAUGUGAAAAGGCGAGACUGCUGGGACUUGAAAUGGGGAAAUGGGUGAACACUUUUUUUUUUUGUUAACAUAAAUGGGCUUCUCUUGAAUUCUUUUUAUUGGGAAGUUGCAGAGGAUAAGAAUUUAAAAGAUUUUUUGUAGCUACUAUUUGAAGAUUUUUCUUUUUCCAUAAAUUUCUGUGAUUCUUGUAUUAGGAACUGUAUAGUGAUCCUCUCCAGUUCAGAAUCCUUUUUUAGUCCUUUUUAAGUACAAUUUAUUUUUCUUUUUAAUGAAUAGGAAGGAUGAGCUCUGAAGUGGGUUCUCUUUCGUUUCUUUCUUCUUCUUCUUUUUUUUUUUUUUCUCCUGAGAACUGGAUUGAUGGCUUCUAUCACUAGGAAUAUGGUUUUUGGUUUUCACCUUAGGACUUUCUAGUCCCUUGAAUAACUUUUUUAUAAAAUAUUUUUUAUUGAAUUUUUUUUAUGGGUAAUUUUGGACCAUGGUGUCUUUUGACAUUGGGCCUUUGCAAGGGGAUUGUUUGAAACGUAGUUGUAGGGAGGAUUUAGAUGCUUCAAAUUACUAAAUCAUAUUCUCUGGUUCUGCAAAAAAUUUAAAGACUGGUUAAUGGGUUUUUAAUAGAGCUAUUGUAUUGUCUUGCAUAUGUAAAGAGAUGGAGAUUUUGGAGCUUAAAAACAUGAAAAUAUUGUCUCUUGAGUUUUACUAAUUAAUAUCUGCUGGGACAAUUAGAUCUUUUGGAGAUUUGAAAGGAUAAUUUGAAAGAUUUCUCUUUCUUAAUCAUAUGCUAUGUGGUUCUCAUUUCAUUACUAUAAUAAAGCCUGAGGUGAUUUGCCGCUGUUUUGCUUUAUUAAAAAAAAAGUGAUGUUUGUCUUCUGGGGUUUGUUGAAAGUAAUGAUGGCAUAUUUUAGACUUAGAUGAGUUGUUUUCGAUGUGCGUGAAGUAAAAGUUUUGGUGCUUUGGCUAUGGUAAGCCAUGAAGAUAUGUUUCUCAAGAAAAAAUAAAAUGUGGAUUUCUGAAUCCUUUUUUCUUCACUCUUAAUUUGCAGAAAAGGAGGAAACUGAAGAUUGAAGAAGCUUUAUUUCAUAAGAAUGCAUUUUAAUGCAUGUUCCUUUGAAUGCUUAAACCUUAGGGUUCUUCGAUUUGUGAGGUAUGUGCCAUUGCUUUCUGGAUGCUAAGACAGCUUCGGUUAACCAAGCAAGAUUUUAUGGUGGAAAUUUUAAAGAUUCAUUAAUAUCCAAUUCAGUGUGCUCAUGUCUUCGGUGCUUCCAUUCCAUCAUUACUCUCGGCAAAUCUAAUGGCAUGGUUGGGGAGAAUUGUUCAUCUGAAAAAGAUAACAGGUUUGUCCGAUUGGGUCGUUAUUCCGAUCUCUCGAAUCAAACGGAGCCAUUUGAGCUCCAGAAGGGGAGCGGUAGGAAGUGGACUAAAGAGCGAGACUUGAGUCAGUUAAAACAAUGCAGAGAGUACUCAAUCGACAAGUUUGAAGUAAUUCGGAUUGCCGGAAAGCAUCCCUUCCUUUGGCAUGAUCAUUGGCCUGUCAAGAACUAUGCAAAGAUCUUUGAGUGCCUGGAAUUGGUUGAUGAGAUAGCAAAUGAGGCGAUGAAUGUCAUAUCCAGGAUCAGAGGGAUAGGUGCAAAGGCAAGAAGCAAAGUUGAUGUUGCUGAAGAAUUCAACUCAGAUGGUUCAGUAGACCAACCUGUGCCUUACAUAGCUGUCCACAUGAGGAUAGAGAAAGACUGGAUGAUCCAUUGUAAGAAGUUGGAGCAGAAAUCUAAUAUCAAUCAGAUCUGCAGUAGCAAAGAAGAGAUUAUGGAAAGGGUAGCCCACAUCACUGGCCUACAACAGCCAGUUGUGGUUUAUCUUGCGGUCGCUGACAGCCUCUUGGAAGAUAAUUCUAUAUUGAGUGGUUGGAAAGAUGGUCUUGUUCCUUAUGAGAAAAAGAGAUUGGGAGUCUGGGAUAUCUAUAAGAAGUAUCCCUACCUUAUACAGUCUGCAAUUGACUAUGAGGUUUGCUCAAGAGCUGAUGUUUUUGUCGGCAAUAGUUUCUCUACAUUUUCCAGCAUUAUAGUGCUAUCAAGGACACAAAAGUUGAUUGGAUUGGGUAUUACAAGUGCAUGUGGAGUUGGUGUCAGGUUUGCUUCAUAUGCUUACAAUAUCUUGGGAGAAUCCAGGGGGCCGAAGAUGUGGAUGACAGACAUGUCUGCUCCAAGCCUUCAAAGCAUAAGCUAUGGGACUAGCAAUGUCUCAUGCUAUAGCAACUGGAAAGCAAGGUGAUUCUAAAGCUGAGUUGAGUGGAUGAAAGGUGUAUAUAUGGGGAAAGGAAUUCUUUUAUUCUAGCUCAUAACAAUUAGGUGAAGUAGUGGUGCUGAGUUUUUGUGGAUCAAAGUCUUAUAAAGCUCACUUGUCAGGCGGAUGUCUGUUUGCCAUGCAAUUAUUGACUCUUACUCGACAGAUGAUACAACAACUUUAUGUAUAG